UCACGCUGCUCCCAUCUGAUGCCGACUGGAUGCGGAGCUCCGCUCACAUCUCCAUCCUCUCUCCAUCCCCUUCUCCUCUGACAUCUAGAGCGUCUCCGUUUUCUUUUCCCUCCGGUUGCUCCCGACCAGGAUGUGGCACUCUGUGGCUCUUCUCCUCUCUGGACUCUCCGCUUUGAUCAACGUGUCUUUGCAGGGGCCUCACCAGAGGAACCUGCUGAAAAACCUCCUGAAGGACUACAACCGGAUGGAGCGGCCAGUGGGGAAUGACUCCCAUCCUCUGACCGUCUUCUUCACCCUCAGUUUGAUACAGAUCAUGGACGUGGAUGAGAAGAACCAGGUGUUAACCUCCAACAUGUGGCUUCAGAUGAGCUGGUACGACCACUACCUGCAGUGGAACCAGAGCGACCACCCUGGCGUGAAAAACCUUCGCUUCACCACAGAUCAGAUCUGGACUCCAGAUAUUCUGCUCUACAACAGUGCAGAUGAUGACUUCGACUCCACCUUUAAGACCAACAUUCUGGUAAACUCCAGCGGCUUUGCAAAGUAUCUCCCUCCAGGAAUCUUUAUGAGCACGUGCAACGUGGACGUCCGCUGGUUCCCAUUCGACAUCCAGAAAUGCGAGUUAAAGUUUGGCUCCUGGACGUACGACGGCUGGCUGCUGGACCUCCAGAUGACCGAUGCUGACAUCUCGGGAUACAUGCCCAACGGAGAGUGGGACUUAAUUGGUGUUCCUGGCUCCAGAAACGAGGUUUUCUACGACUGCUGCAAGGAGCCGUACCCAGACGUGACGUUCGUGAUCACAAUCCGCCGGCGGACGCUCUACUACGCCCUGAACCUGCUCAUCCCGUGUGUGCUGCUUUCCUCCAUGACCCUGCUGAUCUUCGUGCUGCCGGCCGACUCUGGAGAGAAGAUUUCACUGGGUAUCACCGUUCUGCUGUCGCUCACUGUUUUCAUGCUGCUGGUGGCUGAGAUAAUGCCCGCCACGUCGGACUCCGUCCCGCUCAUAGGUCAGUACUUUGCCAGCAUAAUGAUCAUCGUUGGGAUGUCAGUCAUUGCCACAGUUGUGGUUUUACAGUAUCAUCACCACGAUCCAAAUGGAGGGCACAUGCCGAAAUGGGUGCGUCUCGUUUUGCUGCAGUGGGUCGCCUGGUUCCUGAGGAUGAAGCGGCCAGGGGAGAACGACGAUCCGGAGCGACCGCCCUGCGCCCCGCAUCUACGCCGCUGCUCCUCGGGAUCACAGAGCGGCAGCAUUCCCAACCCUCCCGACCCAACCCUCCACCCGCUGCACCCGCAGAACCUGACGCCUCUCCAGACGGGGCCCCUCCACGCGGGACACCCUCACCUGCAAACCAGCGCCAACAACAACGGGAACCUUCUCUACAUGGGCUUCCCGAGCAUCGAGGACUCUUCKGUGCUGUCGGAGCCCGUCCAGAGGAACAACAUCUCCGUAGGGCCUCCACGGGUGGCAGGAAGUCCGCCUCCUCACCUGCCAUCGCAGUUCUGCAGCUCCCCYCCACCUCCAACUCCCAACAUGGACACAGUGGGGUGUCCCAGCACUGUCUCUAGUGGCGGGGGGUUUGGAGGGGGACCAGGAGGGUGCUCGACAUCUGUGAUGGGCGACCCGCAGCUGCAGGCCAUCCUGGAGGAGGUGCGCUACAUGGCAGACCGUUUCCGAGAGCAGGACGAGACCGAGAGCAUGGCUGACCAGUGGAAAUUUGCCGGCGCCGUGAUUGACCGCCUGUGCCUGGUGGCRUUUAGCGUCUUCAACAUCAUCUGCACCAUCUCCAUCCUCAUGUCGGCUCCAAACUUUGUGGACGCUAUUUCUAAGGAUUUUGUUUGAGAGGGGAAGAGGGGAAAACAGGAAGAAAAAAAAAAACACACACACACACGCAAAGGAACGUUUUGGAGAAAAUUAAGUAUGGGAUGUAGAACGGAACGGGCUCUGAUCCAAGGAAACACGAUUUCUAGCAAACUGUAAGCGCUGUGAUUUGUGAUUGCAAGGAUGUGGGGGAAUGGAAAGAAACUAAUGGUUUUCUUUGCAAUACCUUCUGUUUUGUAACCAAAAAAGAAGAAAACAGAUGAUGAAGGGAACAUGGGGUGAAGUUUAAAUGAAAUUAGAGUGCAGGGUGCUUUAUCAGAUUCUUGACAAGGUGAAAUUGGUUUUUGAGGCCGAUUUGAAGAGGACUUUUGUUUAAAAUUAAAGGGAAAUAUGAGUCUGACAAGGACGCCAAUGCAAGCUGAGGUAAUGACGGUCUGAUAUCAGGGAAGACUGUGGGCAUAAAAGAGGAAGAAGAGACAGACAGAUAGGCAGCGACAGAUAAAAGAGACGGAUAUGUGACUGUUUCAUUUCCUCAGAUAGCGGAGACAGCCUCUUAGUCCCACAGGUGGAGAAAAUACUGCAUCACUCAAAGUGAUGUGAGAAGAAGAGGCUUUUACAAGGACACGAAACAAAGAGCAGACGUGAAGGACAGACACUGUCCCUCUGGGAACCUGAGACAGGCAGGGUUUUGGGAAGCUGCUUGAUGCUCGGAUGCACAAAAGAUGACCGAAGAUGAAGAGCGUCGCAUCGCACAGGAACUCAUCUAUUAUUCAAUCACAUUUCGGCUAAUGACAGUCAAAUUGAAAGGCUUUGGAUAAUCCUUCAGACUAACAAGCUUCUCAAAGAUGAACUCCCAUCUCUGCUUGUGAGCCACUUUGAAUCUCCRAGACCUUAUCUCUGUGAGACGAUUGCCAAUCAGAACGCUCCCCAGCGGCUCGCUCUGUGUGCGGCGCGCAUCCCGACCCGGAAACUCGAAUUAGCCGCUCAUCAACAAUGCAGUGGCCCAUCGCUGCGCCCCUGCGGAGACCRAUGAAAAUUCACACACCGGUUACUUAACUGCAUCUGGCAGGUCAUAACGGACCAACGAAACUCAUUGGAUUUCAUAUUAGAGGUUUAAUAACUCAGGCAGGAGGUCAGGGCUCUGAAAGGACACCAGAGGCAGAAGGAAGAAGAUGAGGUCAUUGAAUGCAGAGGAGCAGGGUCCUGUUAAUUUCCUCUGACUGGUUUGCUGCUUCUUGACAGUUUUAAUUUCAGUAUAUUUUCAUGAAAUUUAAAGAAUAUACGAGAGCGCAAAUCAACAUCAUGCAGGAAUUUUCAACAAAUUAUUGCAAGUCUCUCUGCUGGCAGUUUGAAUAAAAACAUCAUCUUAGCUGGGCGUAAUUCAGAAAUAUUAAUGUGGUAACAAUGUGUAUUUAUUAGACAAUUCCACCCUAGUUUUUAUUUAUACCACAGUGGCUUGUAAAGGUAUUCAUACAUCUUCAACUUCACAUUUUAUCCAGUUACAACCUUAAACUCAGAGGAAUUUCAGUGAGAUUCUAGCUUUGGAUUUGUUUUCAGUGUCAGUACUUUGUAGGACCAAAACAUCUUUAAUCAAUCAAUCAAUCAAUCAGUCAAAUUUUAUUUGCACAGCACAUUUCAGCAACAAGGCAGCUCAAAGUGCUUUACAUUAUAAAAAAUAAAAAUCAACAGUUGAAGCAUUAGAUGUUUCCAACAUCAAAAUAUUGGCUGGUCUUUCAUUUAUUAUGGUACCAAAGCAACUCUAAACAGACUUUAAAAGUCUUAAAUUCAUGCAGCUAAAAUUAAGGCUUUAAGAUGUCUUAAAUUCAUUAAAAAGUACAGUUUGACCUUACAACCUCUAAUAACUUAGAGCUAUUAACUCUAAGUUUAAUCAGCUAAAGGAUGAUGCAAAAAUUUAAGAUGUGUCACCCAACACACGGUAUGCAACAGACAGAACAGACAUUUCAGAAGUUUUUGCUGUGCUUAGUUGUAAUGCUGUGACAGCAGAUUAGGAUAAUUGUAGAUAGAAAAAAAAGGAAAAGUAAAUUUCCACCAAAAAUGUAGAAAGUUUGAGAGUAAUCUUAAAAAUUUUGUAGAAUUUCUUUUGUAACUUUCUGAGCUCCAAAUGUUGAAAAUUUACUAGAAAAAGAUCAGAAAAUUUGUGAUUAAUCUCAGAGAUUUUCUUAUCUAAAACUUGGAAAUUUCUGACCUUGAAAAGUUGGAAAUAUUCUAGGAAACAUUCAGAAAUUUCCACGUUUUUAUAGAAAAUUUGACAUUAAUCUCAAAAUUUCUGAGUUUCCUGCAUAAAUUUACUCGUCAUUCUUUUCUAUUUGCAAUGGCCCUAAUACGCCGUUGUAUAAUGUGGCCAAAUCCCUGAACAACCCUCUUUCAUUUAUAUUUUUUUUCUGUCUUAAAUUUCAGUCAUGGUGGGAUUAAUAAGGUCUUAAAAAGUGUUAAAUUCGACUUACUGAGAUCUGCAGAUACCCUGUUUCCAGUUAUGCACCACAUUGUGCUGGUCUCUGAAAUAAAAUCCCAAUAAAAUACAGUAAUGUUUGUUAUUGUAAUGUGAUAAAAAGCAGAAAACGUCAAAUGGUGUGAAUACUUUUGUAAAAGUAUUAAAAGAAGGUCCUGUUGACAUAGUUACUUUUUUUGUUUGUGGCAUCAUUUUUCAUUAUUCGUAGUUAGACUCAUUCCUCCAGAUUACUUCUGAUCAUAAAUUUGUAUUUCAACAAAGAGUUUCUAACAACUUUGCUUCCAAGGAAUCAGAGCUUUAUGUAAUCUUUUAAAGGGCUCUUGAUAAAUAUUACAUCGGGAUAGUUGGACUACCGUUCCUUUCUUGCUCAUCUUCAAUCCUGUACCGGAUCAUUUUAGUGGAUUUCUUUACUUUCCUCUCACAGGGAUGUUUCUAUUUCUUUAGUUACAUUAAAGAAAAAUACCAAAGAUAACAGUUUAUUGUACAGAAACCCAUAUUUUAUCACCAACAGGGUAAAUUCCCAAAGAGCUAUUGGCUAAAGGAUGAUGCAUUGCUCAGAUCCUUAGACUAUUUAAAUCUAGCACAUCUUCUCUUCGCAGUUGAUAGUUGGUUGCACUGUUGCAUGGAUUUUGCAUGUUCUUCUUGUGAAUGCGUGGGUUCUCUCCAGGUACUCUGGCUUCCUCCCACAGUCCAAAAACAGGACUGUUAGGUUACUCAGGUUGUGGUCCCACCUCAUAGUCUGGUAGAAUUGGUUUGAUUGGGGACCAAAAUGGCAGCAUUUAUUACAUUUUCAACUGGUACGGUUUGCUUUCACGUUGCACUGUCAAGUGAACCAAGCCCUUUCAGAAACCUGUUCCCACCCCUCACCUGUGGUGGCGCUACACCAAGAACGACAUAAGAUGACAACAUAAAAAGACACUGAGUGCAACUUUCUUCUUCGCGAAACGUAAAUGGCAUCAGACUUUAGUGGUUGAAGGAUUUCUCUUUUGGUUCUGGUAAAAGACGGCAAGCCAUUUCUCUUCCUAGUACUAGAUUAACGUAUUUGUUUUGGUUGUAUUUACCCAGAAUGCCCUGCUCUGUAGUUCACUCCUCUCUUUUGGAGCAGUCUUUUAUCUACUUGCAUCCACAUAGGCAUUCAGGCUGCACCAGAGUUCACUUCUGAACUGAGACUUGGGUUUUUAGACAGACCAGAGUUCGAUUGCGCAUUCACACCUCCCGAAGCGAAUCAGGCUUUCUAGGCAAACAAACUGGAGUUGGAUGAAAUUAUCCCUAGGAAUGAGUGAGUGUGUGCUUGUUUAUCCUUUUCGUCUUUGUUUUAUCCUGUGAUGGGCUGGUAACCUGACCAGGGUGCAGCUUGUAACCCUGCAGGGUUAAACGGGUUUAGACAACGGACGGAUGGACAUAUUGUCACUUUCCUUAAGCAGACACUGCCCAGUGUGCCGUCAUGGUCAGGUGCAAGGACUCGACGGAAAACGAGGAAAAGAAAAGCUAAAGUCCGAAGUGAAAUUUGCAAGACCUUCUUAAAGUCUGGGUGGAAAAAAUCAAAUAAAAGCACUUUAAAAGGUUACAUGAAAGUCUAGUUUCAUACAAGCAAACCAUAAAAUAAAACAAUCAGACUUUAUUUAAAUACUUUGUUUUUUUGCCAGUUCUCCUCUAUUUGGUGCUAUGCAUCUAAAGCCAUAUUGAUAAAAAAAUAUAGUGCAUUCAAUAUUCAACUCAUAUUUUUUCAGAAAGUUUUUCUAAUUUGCACAUUAGAUGUUGGAUUAGGUGGAUUUUUAAAACUAUUUUUAAAGCGGACUUAUUCUGUUUUUUUUUCUCUUUUUUUUUUGCAAGUGAUUUACACCAAAAACUUAUUUCAGAAAAUAAACUUUCCUCUCGCAAUUGAACUUCAAACUGCUCAUCAAUAGUUAAUGUUUAGAGUAAAAGCUAAUUAUUUGGACUGGCACUCACACACAUUCAUGGAAAACAUUAAGUGCACCUUCUUUUGUAGGGUUUCAUAUAAAUUGGGAUGAUAAAAGAUUUAUUCUUCAUCUAGUUAAAAAAAACCCACUGAAAUCUAACUUCAACAAAUUCUAGAUUACCGUUUUUAAAAAAAUUUAAAAGCUGUUUCAAAAUCACGAACAACCCACUUUCUGCACUACUUCAGUCUCUGACAUCGUAGUGGAGGGGUUUUGACCCUCUCUUCACUACAAAGUUGCUUCAGUACAUUAAGAUUUGCAGACAUUUGUUUCUCCCUCAAGGCCCCAGCUCAGCAUUUCAAUCAGCCCCAUGCAGGUCUGGAUUUUGGCUCGUCCGCUGCAGCACCAUAACUCUUUUCUUUCUGGGGAGGAUUUGCUGCUGCGUUUAGGAUCGUUGCUGCUACCCUGUUUGAUCUCAUCUGUCAAAACAACCUCGUUUCCGUAGUCUUGUUGUUCACAAAGUCAUGCUACCGAUGUGUUUUUUAUAUAGAGAAGAGGCUUUUCUCUUGGCUUGUACUGUUAUUGUGUAAUUUCAACCUGCAGCAUGCUAGUUGAGGCCUUUCUGAUGAAGCUUUUUGGUUUAUCUCCUCCUGGGAAAAUUGGCAGCUGUCCUAAAUAUUUCACAAUGUUAAUAAUUUCCUUAAUGCCUCUCAGGUUAAUGGGCAGCAGCAAUUACUUCCUGGUGUUUCAGUCAAGUGAUUUUUUUUAUCAAGAGGAAUGAGUUUUUUCUUCUUUUACAAGGACUGCACAUCUUCAGGUCGAUGUGUCACAGAAAACCAACUUGAUUUUAAUGUUGAGGGUCACUGAAUAUCAGUUUCCAAUAAGAAAAAAGAAAUUCUGCUUAAAACAAAGCAACAAUCGACCUGAAUUUCUUUCAGAUUUUAGUCCCAAAGUGUACAAAUCACUACAUAAACUACCUUCAAACUGUCAGCAAAGAUACACAAUCUAAUUGUUAUAGAAGAAGCAAAACAAGAAAAAAAACCUUUAAAACCAGAGAUUGGYAUCAUGAGAAAUAUUUUUGUCACAUCAACAAAUCCACUUUGAUUUCAUUAAAAUAGUGAACAGAAAUGCUGCGUGUUGCAGUUUCAGCAAACGUCCCUCAAUGUUUCAGCUGCAGAUUAAUUUACAUCUGAUGCUCUGGAGAGUUUUUACAGCAGCUGGAUGAUGUAUGUGGGACUGAUUGGGAAUAAAACAAGAGCGCCUCCAUUCAUCCUAAUAGGAAAACAUGACCAGUGCAAUGUGUGGCUUAUUAAUGAGCUUCUAAUCAUGUUAUGACAGGAGGAAAAUAAAUCUCAGCGCUCAGCCUCAGGCUGUGUUUAUUGGUGUUGGAUAGAUUUGCUGUUUGGGGUUUUCAUUAGAUCAAGUGACAUGUUUCCACAUUUAUUGCCACUUUGAUUUAUUUAAGAAAACCAUGAAUAUUUUUGUAGUUUUCCUGGGAACGCUUAAGCUAGAAGUGGCGGAAAAGGAUUCUCCAGACAAUUGAGGAGCCUCAGUUGUGAAGUUGAAGGAACCUACAUCCAUUUUGUGAACCUGGAGAAAAAGCUACAGCUGGGGCAUUUAUCGUAUUGUUYUUCCUUUUUCGUGGUAAAUUUCUUAUAGAAAGUUUUGAGUUAUUGUCUUCACAAUACAUUUCAAUUAAUGAUGUUUCAAUUCCCCCAAAGCUGUUCAUAUUGUCGUAAUUUCUAUUUUUACCAUUUUCUCCACUGAUGAGAUCAAUACAUAAGAAUACAUGUGGAAAUAUGAGUAAAUCCAAAUACUGUGUGCAGUUUAGUAUUACACAUCACACUUAUUUAUGUCCUGAAGACGUGUAUUACAGAUGGUUAUGAUUUUCAA